UACACUUUUAACGGCAGUCGCUGAUCAACUUUUACUGACGCUUAUUUUACGAAUAGUGUAGCGAAAUGUUUGCCUGUUCAACAUCGGCCGUCCUUUUCAUCUUGACCCUGUCGUCCUGGCUUUGCCAUCAGUCCUCCUGGGCUGCAUCCAACUAUUGUACGAUUUCUACGUGCGGAACCCAACGGCACACGCUCUGUCUCUAUCCUAACAGCGGUCCAUCCAGUCUGUGCAGAAAUUACGAUCCGGCACCGUUGUCAAGUGACGAAAAAGCGGAAAUCGUUGCCCACCAUAAUCAGCUUAGACAGAGAGUUGCCAGUGGUCAGGAAACUCGAGGACGUCCAGGACCUCAGCCACCCGCCAGUGACAUGAAGGAGUUGAAAUGGGACGACGAAUUGGCAACGAUUGCUCAACGCUGGGCUGAUCAAUGCGCUAUGAUUCCUCACGACGAUUGCAGGGAUACCGAAAGAUUUCGCGUCGGUCAAAACGUUGUGGACUACUGGAGCAGUGACAACGUGAAUCCGCCAAUCGAAAACCUCGUGGCGGGCUGGUACGACGAAGUUGGACAGUUCAGCAAGAACGACAUUGACGUUUAUCGGUUUGAUGAAGCCACGGGACACUACACGCAGAUGGUCUGGGGAAACACGUCGUUCAUCGGAUGUGGACGAGCCCGUGACAUGAGUGGCGGAUAUCAUAUUCGACUGGUUUGCGAUUACGGGCCUGCCGGCAACUUCAUCGGUAGACCGGUAUACAAAACCGGUAGACCUGCUUCCGCCUGUACUGAUGGUGUCAGCAGAACCUAUCCAGGCCUCUGUAGUUAGGAAACGAUAUGUAGACAAGUUUCUCACACACAUGGCAUGCCGAUAGUGAUGUAAAGUAUGUUGUACCGACUUGCUAGUUAAGUAUGCACAGUGAAUGUACAAUUGAGGUGCUCCUUGAAAAGAUUAUUUUUGAAUUUCAGUAAUUUUUUCAAAUUUUUAUGUCAACUUUAACCGGUGACCCAAAGAGGGUGGAUUCCGUUCAACCUUUUCAGAGUGACAUCAAAUCUACCGAACAAAUUUGGAUAAAAUUUGGUCUAGGGAGGUUGUGUGGGUCGCUGAUUACGAAUCUGAACUCAAAAUUUUUUAAUUCGAAAUAGUGGAUCCAAUAUGACAAUAUCAAGUGAGUUUUGGGGUUUUACCGCAAAGCUGGUCAUAGUUAAUC